AUGUCGCUUGUGUCCGGCGAGAAGACCAACUUCCAGUACAUUCUGCGUCUCCUCAACACCAAUGUUGACGGUAAGCAGAAGAUCAUGUACGCCUUGACCCAGAUCAAGGGUGUUGGUCGCCGUUACUCCAACUUGGUCUGCAAGAAGGCCGAUGUUGACCUCACCAAGCGCGCCGGUGAGCUCACCACCGAAGAGCUCGAGCGUGUCGUCACCAUCCUCCAGAGCCCCGAGCAGUACAAGAUCCCCGCCUGGUUCCUGAACAGACAGCGCGACAUCACCGACGGCAAGAACUCCCAGGUCGUCUCCAACAACCUCGACAGCAAGAUCCGUGAGGACCUCGAGCGCCUCAAGAAGAUCCGCUCCCACCGCGGUCUCCGUCACUACUGGGGUCUCCGUGUCCGUGGUCAGCACACCAAGACCACCGGUCGCCGUGGUCGCACCGUCGGUGUCAGCAAGAAGAAGAACUAAGCAUUUUUUCCUUCCCUGGGAGCUGUGUGUUUAUUUUCUUUCUUUUUCUUGCGCGGGUCUGGGCUACUUUGGAUCAUGGGAUUAAAAGAGAGUCGG